UCCAUCUCUUUCUCCCUCUCUGUCUCCCUCUCCCUCUCUGUCUCUCUCUCGCUCCCUCUUUCUCUCUCCCUCUCUAGGCUGAACAUAGUAACAGUAAUUGAACAAUGUCAACAUCAAAUAUUCAAUGUCAAAGUCUGCUGUGAACACCUCAACGCUCACGUCCCUCUCUCUCCUCAGAUCAGAGCCAUGCAGUGCAGAGUCUCAUCUGUUGCCCUGCUCCUUGAGUUCUGGGUGCUCUCUGCCUGUGCACUCCAUCAGUAUCAUCUGGUCACCAACAGCAGUCCAACUCAACUGAGUUGGCCUGCUGCCCAGAGCUACUGUAGAGAGCACUUUGUUGACCUGGCGACUGUAGACAGCAUGGAGGACAUGCAGAACAUGUUGAACCAAACAGGUCUUGUCACUGGUUAUGUUUGGACAGGACUGACUAGAAACAGGAGUGUCAGCAGCUGGAAGUGGUCUCUUUCAGGCAGUCAGUUCUACAGAAAAGGAGAGACGGAGUACAGGAACUGGGCCCAGCCAGAGCCAAUCACAGGCCAGCCCUGCGCUGCACUGGUCAGCAAUGAAACAGGAGUAUGGAGAGACUAUGCAUGUACAAAUACUUACUCUUUUGUCUGUUCUCAUAGUGGUAAUGAUCCUGGCAAGCUGAAGUACAUCCUGGUUCUAGAACCAAGAACAUGGAGAGACGCGCAGAUGUACUGCAGACAGAAUUACACAGACCUGGCCAGCAUCAGAAACCAGGCUGAAAACAUCGAGAUACAGCAACUUGUUCUGGGACAGAAUUCCUCUGCCAUCGUCUGGAUCGGUCUGUUUAAAGACGACUGGAAGUGGUCUGACCAGUCUACCUCCUCCUUCAGAUACUGGGGGAUUGACCAACCAUUGGACAGCAAUACCUAUGACUGUGCCGACACACAUCCACAUGAUUCAUGGCAGUGGUUUUCUCACGACAGUUGUUCUUCAUCCAAAUAUGUUAUUUGCCACAAUGGGAGCACUAAGACUCCUGCGAAGGUGAAGUUGGUGGGGAGACUGGAACUGGUUCCUAAUUUACCGUUUGACUUAAAGGAUCCUGCCAUGUUGGACUCCAUCUUGCAGCAAAUUAAGGCAGCUGGGAGGAUCCCAGAGCACAGCACGCUGAGAUGGAAGAAGCAGAAGGAUGGGAAGGUUUUCCACAAGAAGGAGGAGGAGGAGGAGGGAGGAAGAGGAGACACGUGUCAUUAACAAGUCACAGCUACUAAAUGUUGUUAACUGUCUCUUGUAUCUGACAGUACUGAUGAUGUCAAUGACAUUUCUAUAACUAGCAGAUGACGUCCUUAUCACUUCAUACAGUUUAUUUCUUCUUAUUAAUCAAGUGGUGGGGUAACAUCAAAUGAAAUAAAGCCUACUGAUCUUGUG